AUGUCCCCGCCAAUGGUCGCAGGCAAGGAGAAGGAGUCCAACGUAGCCCGACUCCUCGGUUCUGGAUCUGCCGGUAUUUCUGAGCUUGCCAUCUUCCAUCCUGUCGACACGAUUGCGAAGCGAUUGAUGAGCAACCAAACCAAAAUCGCCAAUGCCUCGGAACUGAACAAUGUUAUCUUUAGGGAAAAGGCGGCCGCAUCGAUUGGCAAGAAGUUUGUGUCGCUAUUUCCCGGCUUGGGCUAUGCCGCUGGAUACAAGGUUCUGCAAAGAAUAUACAAGUACGGCGGUCAACCAAUCGCCAGAGACUAUCUGGCUCUCCAUUAUGGCAAGGACUUCGAGGGCGCAUUCGGAAAGAAAACGGGCAAGGCCAUUAUGCACUCGACAGCUGGAAGUCUGAUCGGUAUCGGUGAAAUUGUUCUGUUGCCCCUGGACGUCCUUAAAAUCAAGCGUCAAACAAACCCCGAGGCGUUCCGAGGCCGUGGUAUCUUCAAGAUUGUGGCCGACGAGGGUUUUGGUCUCUAUCGAGGCUGGGGUUGGACAGCCGCCCGCAAUGCUCCUGGAUCGUUCGCUCUAUUCGGUGGCUCAGCUUUCACCAAGGAAUACCUUUUCGGCCUAAACGACUACAACAAGGCUUCGUGGUUCCAGAACUUCAUCGCGUCCAUUGCUGGUGCUUCGGCCUCGCUGGUUGUAUCUGCCCCUCUCGAUGUCAUCAAGACCCGUAUCCAGAACCGCAACUUCGAGAACCCUGAGAGUGGUUUCCGGAUCCUGUCCAAUAUGGCCAAGAACGAGGGCUUCUCUAGUUUCUUUAAGGGCUUGGUGCCCAAGCUCCUGAUGACGGGACCGAAGCUUGUCUUCUCUUUCUGGCUCGCCCAGACACUCAUUCCCGCAUUUGACAUCAUGAUUAAGAAAUAG